AUAAAUUAUAGUAAACUUAACACACUCUUUUCAUAUUCAUGUUUCUUCCUUUAACAAAUAUUAGGUUCACAAAUGGCUUCGAAAAUCACCAUUUCCCUGCUUCUUUUUGUUCAUUCAUCUUUGCUCUUUGUUUCUAGUCAUCGACUGGAGUUCAAUUAUUCUUCGGUUCAUGGAUACACUCCUGAUCAUAAGCAUUACAUUGUGUACAUGGGGGAUCACUCAUUUCCAGAUUCUGAAUCAGUCAUCAAUGCUAACCAUGAGUUGCUUGCUUCAUACAUUGGUGGCAGUGUUCAUCAUGCUCGGACUAAAAUUAUCAACCAUUACCAUAAGAGUUUUAGGGGUUUCUCAGCCUUGCUUUCACCUGAGCAAGCUAACGAGAUAAGCAGACACGAUUCCGUAGUUUCUGUGUUUGAAAAUCAGAUGUUAGAACUCCACACCACAAGAUCAUGGGAUUUUCUUUCAGAACAAGAAGCAAAUAAUUUUGGAAAUGGAAAGUUUAAAGGUCGCUUUAAUCAUUUUCGUGAUAAUCCAAUGGCUGAUAUGGUUAUUGGCACGUUGGAUAGUGGUAUAUGGUCCGAGUCAUUAAGCUUUGAUCCAACAGGACUAUCCGAUGCAUCACAUUCUUCUUUUAGAGGAGUAUGCGUCAUAAAAGGAGAGGAUAAUAUUCCUCCACCCAGGUGCAAUAACAAAAUAGUGGGCACCAGGUACUACUAUAAGGGAUAUUUGAGUUCUUACGGCCAACUUGGCGAUGUCACUUAUUCUCCCCGAGAUGAUUACGGUCAUGGUACGCAUACAAUUGCCACUGCAGCAGGGAGAGAUGUCAGUUUUAACAUGUUUGGCGAGAGUCCUAUAAAGGGUGGCGCUCCUAAGGCUCGUAUAGCUGUCUACAAAGUCUGUUGGCACAAUACGUGCGCAUGUGCAGACGUUCUUGGAGGCUUUGAUGAUGCAAUUAAUGAUGGUGUAAACAUUAUAACCAUGUCUGUUGGAGGCAAUUCGGCUGUUGGUUCUUCUGUUUUUGAGGAUUGUAUGUCGCUGGGAGCCUUACAUGCAUAUAGGAGAGGGAUUCUUGUCGUUACUUCUGGUGGUAAUAAUGGAGCAAAAGGUCGUUUUACUGUGCAAAAUCCUGCACCUUGGGUCCUAACUGUUGCAGCUACUUCUUCUGAUCGUCGAUACAUGACUGAUAUCAUUCUUGGAAAUGGACAAGUUAUCAAGGGUUUCGGGCUUAUUCCGACCGACUUUAGUGAUGGGGUACUCACAUGGCAGAAUAGAAUGAUGAACUCUGCAGGUGAUUGCUACAAAAAUGAAGUGGAUCCAAAUUACGUGCAAGGAAAGAUCGUAGUGUGCUACAUUUUGGAUGGAGUAGACUACGGUGAAGUUGCCGGUGCAGUAAUUCAGAACACAGGUGCAACUGGGAUGAUAUUUGUUGAUCCACUCGAAAAUGGAAAGAUGGUAUUUGAUUUUCCAAAACCAGGUCCAGUAAUUGUUCUUCGUGAUUAUCCGAUUUUAGCAAACUACAUAAAUUUCAAUAACAUGCCAACUGUUAGCUUUUCAAGAACAACUACAAUGAUUCACACGGCUUCAGCCCCAACAUUGGCAGCAUUUUCUGGGAGAGGACCUAAUCCUGUAAUACCGGAUAUCAUCAAGCCUGAUAUUGCAGCACCAGGGGUAACCAUUAUGUCAGCUUAUAUGGGCUCAAUGUAUCUAAAUGCUUAUACUAAUAAAAUAAUGAUACAAUCUAAAUUAGCAAGAUUUGGGGCUAUGUCUGGAACUUCAAUGGCUUGCCCUCAUGUUUCUGGUGUGGCUACCGUCCUCAGAAGUAUUAUUCCCAAUGUCAGCCCUGAUUGGUUAAAGUCAGCCUUAAUGACAACAGCUACGACAAUAGACAAUGCUGGGAAUCCUAUAAAAGCUGGUAGAAACCCAGCAACACCUUUUGAUAUUGGUGCAGGGAAUAUAGUUCCAGAUCUUGUUUUCAAUCCAGGAUUAGUGUAUGAGGUUACUAAUGAAAAUUUCAUUGACUUCCUCUGCACCCAAGGAAAUGCUUAUUUUGGUUCAGACGACCUUAAAGAUAAACUAACACUGAUUCUGAGAGAGGAAAUCCGGUGUAAACAAGUAGAUGUUCCGUCCUACAAUCUCAAUCACCCUUCUAUUGCAGUGAAUGGGUUGAGAAGAGGACCGGUAACGGUUAAACGAACUGCAACAAUAGCAAAUACUGACAGUAAAAUUUUCAGUAUUGUUGUUGGCAUGCCCAACAGUGUCAGUGUUAAAGCAAGCACGCCGGUACUUGAUUAUACUGAUGGCUCAAGUUCGAAAGAUUUUUACUUGCAGUUUGAGAACAUAAACGCCACAUCCAAUGUCUAUGGUUUCAUAGCAUGGACAGAUAACUCUACCUUUUAUGUGAAGUCGCCCAUCGCUCUGAUUAUUUAGAUGUAAUUAGUGUUCUUCUUUCUUCUUUUGCUGCUAGGAUUAGUUACUUUUGACAUAGGCAUCUUCUAGUUAGAGGAAGCUUUUGUUGCUUUGCUUAGAUAUGAUUCUGUUCUUAUGUUAGUUGAUAAAAAUUUUAUUUAAUUUCUCCUGCUAUUUUUAGUUAUUGUUAGGGUCGUUCAGCAUA